CCUCGCCGAGCCCAGCUCAUUUGAGCACCGGGGAGCAGCAGCACCGCAUCCAGGUCCAAUACAAAGCCUACCACGAACCCACCACGAACAUCCGAGCUCGAAGGGCCCUUCUCCCCCCUCCUCUUCGCCCUCACCAUCCUUCCCCCCCCCUUCGCUGUUUGCCUUUUCACCAGGUGUUUCCUCAGGAGGCGGCCAAUUGUUGUUCUCUUGUUGUAGAACUUCGACGCCACUGCCAUUCGACACGAAGUGUCGAGGAGACGCGCCGCUCAUCAUUACAGCAGCCACUACUACGUCUUAUUCCCUAAUUUGCCAACACAACACCAAGACCACGGACGAAUCACCGACCCAGACUCGACUCUUUGCCCAGCAGCGGUGCGACCCGACUGACUUUCCCAGCUCGCUCUCACACACCUUUUUUUUUCUUUGAUUUUUCGCGUGCGCGCCCACGUGCUUUCACGGGGACAAUCCAAGGCGUCACCGAUUUCCAUCCUGUGAGCUUCCGCCCACCCUGAGGGAGACUUGCCGACUUGAGACGGACGAAAGAAAGAGAACGACCGACAAAACGUUUGCUAUUUACUUCACCGACAAAGGCACAUUUUGCCUGCAAUUUUCCAACGGCCAAUUCCUCUUGAAUACCUAUCUGCACCCAGCGGCUUUUGUCUCACACCUUCCCCCAUCCCCCCUCAGUUGGCGGGAAGUCGAUACUACGUCAGAAUAGACUAUAGCCCCUCCCACAACUUUUUUUUUGGGGGGGAGAUUCCUCUCGAAGACCGAGCUUGCCCGCUUCAACUCGAGGUGACAUAGCUCUACGUCUGCGAGGUUUCCAUCAAGCGACCCACGCCGGGCGAACUUGCGACGGAACGUGCGACGGAACCAAAGUGGCAGUGGAAACAAGGAAAGAACCACCAACACUAGAGUACAUGGUAAUGUCGUAGGAGUGGAACUCAUUCCGCCAAGGAAGCCAGAAAAAGAAGAAGACACAAGACCACUAAACAUACAACGAGAAAACCAGAGGACGAUCGAACUGUUUGCGAAGGAUUCCCGACCACGAAGACCUGCAGACCCCGGUGACCUCGGCGCAUGUUGCAUCGCGGGUGACAAGGAACAGACUCUAGAUAGAGGCAGCGGAGAAGAGGAGGAAAAUAUGGACACUCCCGAGGUUGCGACGCCCACGUCCGGCGCCGCUACACCCCUGACGGUGCCCUCGACACCGGCCAGGCUCGGCUUUAUACCGUUGGUGACGGUUGUUGACUUUCAUCAUGCCCGCGGGCCUGAAGUCGAAAUGUGGUUCGGCGCGGCGGAGGGUAUCGAUCCGGCGAUCGAGUAUGACUGGGGCUUGUUGCCGUUCAUGGCGCUUAGCGAUGGAGCGCAUUUAUCAAGCGAGGACUUCUCCUACUUCACCCUCCUCCGCCCCGCGACCACCACGGGGCCGGCGACGUCCCUCUUCGGCAUAUCUUGCACACGACAGCUCGACGCCUCACAGCUCCUGAAUCGUCCUGCCGACGUGACGCGCUCGACGGUCCAGAAGGCCGUUGUCGUCAUCGCCGACACGCCGCAGCACUUUGGCAUGAUGCGCGAGCGCCUUAGCGUUGUCACCCAGGCGUGGUUCGCCCAGCGCGAGUUUACAGACACGGAGAUUCUCCGCCGCUUCCAGGAGAGUCUCGCCGAGGAGAAGGAGCGUGGGCUUCUCACUGACGAGGAGAGCCGCGACCAACACCUCGGUAUGAGCCUGCGCGAACUGGUCCAUGAGUUUAAGUGGCAGACCUUGGUGCUACUCAAAUGUUGUCUCCUACAACCAAAGAUGCUCUUCUUCGGAUCACGAUGUGAACGGUUGUGCAUGAUGCAGUUUUCUCUAAUCUCUUUAAUACCCGGUCUUAUUCGUAAUCUCAUCGACUGCGCUGACCCGGAGCUGAACAACUACGAGAAGAAGCUGGCGCGGCCUACGAGUCUGCGGACUAGCGAUCGUAAUUCCCUGCUCACUUACAUGGGCCUUCCUCUCCAGAUAUUCGGCCAGGGCAGUCUGUUCGGGCCCUAUACCCCCCUCCAGCAGCUCGAUAUUCUGGCCGACUUUGGCACCAAGUCGUACAUUGUCGGCAGCACGAAUUCGCUUCUCUUGCAACAAAAGGACCGCUACAGCGAUAUUUUAAUUAAUCUCGACGAACACACCGUCAACGUCACAUCCUCUUCCCUCAGAAGUGCCCUUGCUCUCUCUGCCGCCGACCGCCGCUGGAUAGACUACAUCACACAGGUCGUCAACGACACCUGGGAUGACGCCAACCCCCAACGGCCCAACACUAUGGGUUAUGUCGGUAGUGAGGAGUUCAUCCGUCUUCAGUUCGAAGAAUAUAUCCUCUCCCUGGUAUCCUCCGUCAAGUAUCACAACCACCUCCUCGCAAAUCCGAACAACCCCAGAGCCCUUCUUCCGCACAUCGAGGGCGACCCGUCCCUAGACUACAGCAGCGACUUUGUCGAAUCGUGGUCCCGCACCGAGAACCACCGCAUCUGGAACGCAAACACUGACUCGCACCUCUUCGACGUCGUCGAGCCGCGGCACCCCUGCGCCGGCGGCCUCACCAUUGACGACGUCCAGCGCCGUAUCGCACAACAGGUGCAGGAUAUGCACCUCGACGAGCGCCUUGCCGUAGGCAAGGAGGUUCUCGGGCGGAACUUUGCCGUUGGUAAAGAAAAAGCGUCGAACAUGUUCAACAAAUUCUACGCCGAUAUGGAGGCCUUUCGCGAAGCGCAGAGAAAGAGGGCCGAGGAACAGCGCAUCGUGGCGGAGGCGGCUGCUGCUGAAGCCGAAAAGGCUGGCGGGUUUGCUGCUGGACCUACGUCGGGGGGAGCCGCGGACACGGCAAAGACGCCGGGCAAUGGGCCGGCUCCCGGGAACAAGGCUACCUCGUACGUCAGCUCGUGGGUGACGUGGGCUGGCGAGAAGCGCAAGGCCGGAUGGGGUGGAGGCGGCGGCGGCGGCGCCAGUGGGAGCAGUUCUCCGACCGCGACCAGUAAUAGCGGAGGAUACGGCUGGGGCCGCGGAUGGGGAAAGUCAAAGACGGACGUUAGUAGGGCCGGCAACAGCGAAAAGGACUCAACAUCGGUGUCCGGGUCGCGGGUCUCCACAUCCUCUGCUGGGGUUGACAUCAGCCAGAACCGCCAAAGCGACAAGCAUGAUUUCCAGCCGCUGACGCAAGGCUCAUAUACGGAAUCGGUCUUUUCGGCAGAGACCGCCGAGUCGGAGACGCCCGCGAGCCCCGUGGCGGACCGCCGGGCGCAGUCCAAGGGGGAUUCUGCGGCGAAUGCUGUGGCAGACGCGACAACGCCAACAACGGCGGCUACCCCAAGCGCACAGGAUGGCCGGUUGGACGGAGGGGAGAGCGUCGCCAUCAAGCCCGUAAGCCCCGACGAUGGAAAGGAGCAGGGAGAAACAAUUGCCAUCACCGUGUCAUCGACCGCCACGACCGCCAACACCACCAAGGCUCAGCGGCCAGAGCAUGAUAGUGACGACGAUGACGACGUUGAUGCCAAGGAAUCAAGGGCCACGGCGGCAGCCGCGGAGGCGGCAGCCGAAGCGGCGAAGGCCUGGGGCAGCGAUCACUGAAAGGCAUGAGAGACUCCAAAAUAUAAAACGUGGCUUUGGUGGAUGAUAAUACAACACUCUGACGGGGAACAUGACAGAAGCAAAAAGGCAAAGCGGAGCGCGAUACGACGGCACAAAAUAACAGCAUAGCGAAGCGUUUGUGGGUCUGGCGGGUAUGGGCUGCAUCUUGAAGUGAAGAAAGAGGAAAGCCAGCGGUGGGGAUGCCGACCCAGACGCCUACCGUCUCCCACCACUUUUCACCCCUUGGAUUUGUUUUCUUACUUGUAGCUUUAAUUACAGAUAUAAAAAUGUCCCCGCGCGUGGACAAGGCAGAGAGAGAGAGAGGGGGGGAGAGAUUUGGGCAUCAUCUCCCUCCCCCCCUUUUCUUCUUCUUUUUCUCCAUUCUGGACCUGGGUUGACUGUAGCUUUCCGAGAAAGGGGUUGGCACAGAUCGGAUUAGAUCAAACCAGACGAGAAGAGAAUAUGGUCAACUGAAAUCACGUGUCCCUAAACGGUGCGUAGACCGUGGUAUAUAUAUGAGGUGAUGCUCCAAAAAAAGAUUUUGUAAAAAAAUGCCGCCAGCAACGUCCUCCCCACUCACGUACCAGUGAU